UGCAUGUAACAAAGACAAUAUAUAUCAUCAGUUUUGUUGAAUCAUGAAGUCGAGUACUUUGUUUAUGGUUUCUUGUAUUCUCAAUCACGUGAAAGAGGUGAAAUCGGUGGAGAACAAGGGGAAGAAGGUGAGGAAGGUGUGCACAAAGGCACAAAUUUUCAAAGAAAAUUGUGGGAUGGACGGAAACAAGACGUGCAUCAAAGGCUUUAACAAAAUCAAAGAGUACCCUUUUCAUUGCGACUGUGAACUUCAUGUACCAACCGAGAGCAGACGUGAGUGCAUAUGUAAAUUUCCAACUACCCCUUGCUAAGUUUUAAUUAUGUUAUAAUACGUCAGAUAAAUUCAUCUCUAAUGUAUCUUCAAAUUAAAUUACCUUCAUUAUAUCUAUCUAUGUAAAAAUCAAUAAAGUUAUA